GAAAAAGAAAGUGGUUACGUAGUAGUGCUUUGGAUCCGUCCGUUCCACAUUUCUUGGUGUUGUUGACAGGACUGAAAGCUUAUCUGUUACAUCGUAAAAUUAAGACAUUUUAGGAUUUAUCUUGAUUCAAUUUGUUAUUUUUGGUACUACUAUGGACUAGCUUGGAAUCAUGGUUGUGAAUUCAGUGCAUUGGUUCCGUAAGGGACUGCGGUUACACGAUAAUCCGGCUUUACAGGAAGCUCUAAAUAGCGCAGACACUGUGCGAUGUGUUUAUAUUUUGGAUCCGUGGUUUGCUGGUUCCGCCAACGUCGGCAUCAACAGAUGGAGGUUUCUGCUGGAGUCUUUGGAGGACCUGGACAGCAGUUUGAGGAAGCUCGAUUCUAGGCUGUUUGUGGUGCGAGGCCAACCUGCUAAUGUGUUUCCCAGUCUCUUUAAGGAGUGGAACGUCACCCGGUUGACCUUUGAGUAUGACUCUGAGCCCUAUGGGAAGGAGAGAGAUGGGGCCAUCAUUAAAAUGGCCCAGGAGUUUGGAGUGGAGACCAUAGUGAGGAAUUCUCACACACUCUACAACUUGGACAGGAUCAUUGAGAUGAACAACUGCCCUCCACUCGCGGUCAAGAAUCACCCGAUCGUUGAGAUGAACAACGGCAGUCCUCCACUGACCUUCAAGAGGUUCCAGGCCUUAGUGAACAGGCUUGAGCUGCCUAUGAAACCCCUGCCCACCAUCACACAAGAACAGAUGGGCAGUUGUCGGACGAAGAUCGCUGAUAACCACGACGAACACUACAGUGUCCCCUCUCUGGAAGAGCUUGGAUUCAAGACACAAGGCCUGGACCCUGCGGUGUGGAAGGGAGGGGAGUCUGAAGCACUAGAGAGACUCAACAAACACUUAGACAGAAAAGCCUGGGUAGCUAGCUUUGAGCGAGCCAGGAUCAACAUGUGUUCGCUGAUCGCCAGUCCCACGGGCCUCAGCCCCUAUCUACGCUUUGGAUGCUUAUCCUGUCGAGUCUUCUACUACAACCUGAGGGAACUCUACAUGAAGUUGCGGAAGAAUUGCAGUCCCCCGCUCUCUUUAUUCGGCCAGCUCCUGUGGAGAGAAUUCUUCUAUGCAGCGGGAACCAACAACCCUAACUUCGACCGGAUGGAGGGCAACCCCAUCUGUGUUCAGAUCCCCUGGGACCAUAACCCUGAGGCCCUGGCCAAGUGGGCAGAGGGGAGCACAGGCUUCCCCUGGAUAGAUGCUAUCAUGACACAGCUGAGGCAAGAGGGCUGGAUCCACCACCUGGCCAGACACGCAGUGGCCUGCUUCCUGACUCGGGGAGACCUGUGGAUAAGCUGGGAGAGUGGCAUGAGGGUGUUUGAGGAGCUGCUCCUGGAUGCAGACUGGAGUGUGAACGCAGGCAGCUGGAUGUGGCUCUCCUGCAGUGCCUUCUUCCAGCAGUUCUUCCACUGUUACUGCCCUGUGGGCUUCGGAAGGAGGACAGACCCCAGCGGAGACUACAUCAGGCGCUACAUUCCUAAAUUGAAGGACUAUCCCAACCGAUACAUCUAUGAGCCGUGGAGAGCCCCAGAGUCUGUCCAGAAGGCAGCCAACUGCAUCGUGGGAGUAGACUACCCCAAGCCCAUGAUCAACCACGCAGAGGGCAGCAGGCUCAACAUAGAGAGAAUGAAGCAGGUCUAUCAGCAACUCUCCCACUACAGAGGCCUCAGUCUCCUGGCAUCUGUGCCAACCAUUCAGGAAGAGGCAGAGCCUCCCCCGACAGACGACUCUCAGGCCAGUAGCAGCACCUGUGAGUCACCCCCACACACUUCGUCUGCCCAGUCCAACACUCUGAAGAGAGGCAGGUCUUCCGAACCACAAAGCACCCAGAUGUGCACCCACACAAAACACCAGCACACCAGCACUGCCAAAGGAGACCAGGUGCAACAACAGGAGCAAUGGGAGGAACAGUCAGAGCAUCAGCCAGUGGAUCUGCAGUGACACACGGAUCUUGCCAUGUGGGAUGGUGUAUAACAGAAGGACAUGGCAGAAGACCUCUGAUGUCCCGCGCUCACCCCUAUCCUUGUGGCAAGACGAGUCACAUACACACACACACACACACACACACACAC